AUGGACCCGUCAUCCCUCACGAACCCCUCGGUUUCGCCGCCUCCCGCUGCCAGGGCUAGAGCUUCUUCCAGUGUCGUUGAGCCUCUUCCUCUCUUCCCAACCGUAUGGACGCCGAGGGCGAAUCCCGUCCAGGCUGUAACUCCAGCCCAUGUCAGCGCGGAGAAUGCUGGAAUCAGUGAGGUCGCCCGCGGAGCAGCUCUGGACUUUCAGCAGUCUUUGGACCGCAAUCCCUCGACGAGCUCUCCGCCCCCAGCCUCAAGGAUUCGCCGUCGCAAUCGAAUGAUAACGUCUUGCCUAGAAUGCAGAAGGCGGAAGUUGAAAUGCGAUCGACUCCAUCCGUGCUCCAGUUGCUUCAAAUCCAAACGCGAUUGCUUGUUCCUAGCUCCAGCCACAGAUGCAUCGUCCCGACUAAAACGUACGGAGAUCAAAGAAAAGAUUGGGUCGUUGGAGCGGGGCCUAGAACUGGAUGCAGCUGCUACACAAUGUGCUCUUGUGAAACAAGAGGAAGUGGGUGAUGGUCGUAGCGAAGUAGAAGAGGGCGGUUCUAGCUAUAUGCGUGGAAUCUUCGAUGCUGUGGCUACAGAGGACAGCCGGCUCCCAAUCCCAAAGGAUGAGGAAGGCCUGGAACCCACUCCACUGGCGGUGCAGGAUGCCGGUUAUGAAGACGAAGCAGAUGAUGAGUCUUUUGACUUGGGCUUUAGACUGGGGAAAAUGAGGAUGACUGAUAGAAUAGGAGGAUUUUACCGGCCACGAAUCGCUGAUGAGCUGUCCGCCGCCCUGGGAAUGCUGCAAGUGUCCAACACGCCAGUGGCAGCUACCCGAACACCUGCAAUCGACCCCCGGCCACAAAAGUUGUCCGUGGAGGAGCUACACUCGUCUUUUGAUCCAAGCGCUUCUUACGUCGCUCCUCGUUCUAAUCUGCUUUUCGGUGGUGCCGAGAGAUAUAUUCUGGCAGACUUUCUACCCACACGAGUGGCCGCAGACAGGCUGUUGCAACAAUAUUGGCAGGCUGUGCAUCCGGUUGCAAAAAUUGUCCAUCGUCCCACGUUCGAAAAGCAAUACAACGAUUUCUGGUCGAGUGUAUCGAAAGGUAUGGAGCCGACAUUCUCUCUCCAAGCACUCGUGUUCGCUGCGUUGUUUAGUGCUGUGAUCCCGAUGUGCCGUGAAGAAAUCUCUCGAGCCCAUUCCGUUCUUGUUGGCACGGCGAUACGCUUGGCAGAGUGCAUGGGCUUUCAUCGUGACCCAGAGGAGUAUGGUCAUGGGCCUGUUGAAUCUCAUAUUCGGCGGAUGAUAUGGUAUCAGCUUUGUUUCCUUGAUAUCCACACGAGCUUAUUACAAGGACCAAGGCAUUCCAUUCGUCGCGAGGACUUUUCAACCAAAUUUCCUGUUAACAUGGACGAUUCUGAAAUCACGACAGCCGCCCCGGGUUCUAUAGCAGAUGCACCGCGAUGGACAGACAUGACUUUCAUGCGUAUUCGUUUUGAAUGUAACGAACUUCGCCGCCUUCUCCUUGUUGACAGGAUUCGAAUUGAGAAAAAGCAAAUAAGUCUGACUCAAGUGCUGGCAAAAAUUGAAACUUUUCGAAAAGCCACUUGGACCAAGUACGGGCCACUUAUUCACGUUCCUAAUCCGAAACCGAUACAGCUAGCUGCGCAACACAUGUUAUCGAUUCUCAUGUGUCGUGCAUAUAUAUCAGUUUUACAUCGAUAUGCCAAUAGUGUCGCUUACCACAUGCCAGAUCGCUUGAAUCGAAUCGUUAUUGCCAGAGGUAUCCAGAUGAUUGAGGACUCAAUCGCCCUUGAAACCCGCCCUGAGUUACGUCUUUGGGCAUGGUACCAACGCGCUUUCAACCAAUACCAUGUAGCUUUACUCCUCCUCAUGGAAAUCUGGUUUUCUCCAAUGCAACAAGAGGCCGAUCGGAUAUGGCGCUGCUUGGAAUACGUUUUUGAAAUAUCGUUGUUAACGUCAAGGCUGACAGGAGGAACCCAGUCUCAGGAUGUAUUUGAGCAGCGAAAUACCAACGCUCGCCUAAUUUUGCGGCUUCUACGUGACAGAAUGGCAGCUUAUCGGCAGAUGAGAAGGCUUAAAAUUCCCAAAUCUAUGGUUUACUCGAAGGGUUUGCCCCCUAUACAGGAAGAUACGGGGGCCUACACUAUCUCCUCAGCUAGCCAAAUCACAAUGGAAGAAUUGGUACCUUUCUUCCAAGCCCCAAAUUCAGACAUACUUAUGUCUUCUUCUGCUGGACUAUCCAAUUCUACAAUGGAGGGAUAUGGCCAGCCGCCCACCGGCCAAACCGAUUCAGGGAAGGCAAUGGAUAGUCAAGUCUCAUUUCCAUUCCCGAAUACCUGCUCCCAGGACAUCCCAGCUCCAUCCCAGCCUCCAAAUCGAUCCGUCCCACAGGUACUUGUCUCUCCCCCCGUUACAGAAUCCGGCACCCAACCUCUAAGGGCAAGUAGCCACGAGUCCAAUGAUUCGGGAAGCAGUAACCUGUGGUUUGUUUCGGGAGCGGGGCUAGCGAGCGCUGGAGCUGCUCCACCGAUUGGAACUAGUGGUAUGGGUGACUUCGCUAUGAUAUCUCCCCAAGGGGACAACGGAAAGGAUGCCACAGCAGCAAUCGAUAUUGAUUGGGACGAGACUGUGCCUCUUUUCGUGGUCAACCUGCAGUCCCUCGAAUCCUCAAGAGCCUUUAAGACGUAUCUGAAGCAAGAGGUUCUAAUGUGA